AUGUCAAAAAUUAAAAUUGAUCGAACAAAGGAUGUUCAAAUAGACGAAGAUGUUAAUUUUGAAUCUUUAAUUACAAAUCAAAACAUAUUACGUGGAUUAUCAGAAGCUGGUUAUGAUCGUCCUUCUCCAAUUCAAUUAAAAGCUGUUCCUCCGGGAAAGCUCGGCCUUGAUGUUAUUGCUCAGGCAAAAUCGGGAACCGGAAAAACGAUAGUAUUUGGAGUUAUCGCAUUAGAAAUGUUGAAUUUAACGCCUACUAGAGAAAUAGCAGUACAAACAAAAGAAGUCAUUUCAAACAUUGGUCGUUAUAUGAAUGGUCUGAUUUGUCACGUAUUUAUUGGAGGGAUUCCCGUUGAAGAAGAUAUACCAAAACUUAAAAAAUGUCAUAUAGUAAUCGGAUCUCCUGGUCGCAUUGGCCUUCUAUUAAACAAGCAAAUGGUUGCUAAAGACAUAAAAUUAUUUGUGCUAGAUGAGGCUGAUAAAUUGAUGGAAAGCAAUUUUGUGCCUCAAUUAAAAAAAAUCAAUGUUAAACUUCCAAAAACCAAGCAGGUACUUGCGUUUUCUGCAACAUAUGAUAAAGCGUUGCUAAAAGCUCUUGAAAAUUUUGUUUGUAAUCCGUAUCAUAUCAUGCUUUCGGAAGAUACUCCAGCUCUGGAAGGUGUAUUACAAUAUUUCCAAAUAGUAGAAGUUCCAAAUACAGUCAAUGUCACUGAAAGAUUCAAAUUUUAUGAAGAAAAGUUCAAAAAGAUGGUUGAUCUUUUGAGUCGUGUUCCAUUUUAUCAAUGCAUCGUUUUCCUGAAUCAUCGUGGAAGCAAAUUAUUUAACAAGUCAAGGGUGGAUGGCAAUGAACAUAUCAGGCAUGAUGGUGGGCUUGAUCAACGAAUGCGUCUUGAAACAAUGUCGAAAGCUCGUAAUUUUCAAAUAAGAGUCCUUGUUUGCAGUGAUUUGAUUGCCAGAGGUAUUGACAUUGAUAGAGUAAAUUUGGUGGUAAAUCUCGACAUGCCGAGGGACGCUGAAACUUACUUGCACCGUGUUGGCAGAACUGGACGUUACGGAACUCACGGUCUAGCAAUUAGUUUUGUUGAUAUUAAUGAGUUGGGAUUUAUUGAAUCUUUGAAAACAAACUAUCAUGUUGAUGUACAACCUCUUCCUGACGAACUUUCAUUUAAGCAUCAUCAAAGACCAUUGACAACCGAAAAUGAUCAAGAAGCAUACGAAAACUUGUUGAAUAUAAGGGAGACAAUAAAAACUCAAAAUCCUGAGGUUCCACCAGUUAUAUUUUCUGAUGAUACAGAUUCAAAGAUCAGGCAAACUAAAUCAGAAGAGCAAAAAGAGCCAGAAGAGGCGGAAGAAACGCCAUACCCAUUCUAUAAUACUUAUCAUACUGAUUAUUAUAAUUGGAUGUAUAAUGCUUAUAAUACUGAUUAUUAUAACUGGAUGUAUAGUACUUAUAAUACUGAUUAUUAUAAUUGGAUGUAUAAUAUGGCACCCGGUGAUACUGGUGAAUAUUAUGACAAUAAUAAUGAUUUUAUACCACCGGAUCUUGCUUUUUAA